GCGGGCCCGGGCCUUGCGCAGCCGCUCUGGGCGGCUCGGGCCGCUAUCGCCGCCGCUGCUCGCCGGCUCCAGUUCCGUGUCGGCGCUUCUUGUCCAGCAGGGCCGUGCUUGGGGCUCUCCGGUCACGCCUGUACCUGUGAGGCUUCUGCCCGCUUCCCCUCGCCCUUCGGCGGCCUCGAGGCGGGAGCGCCCUCGCUGCGCCCGGCAGCGGCUGUGCCAGUGCGGCCCGGCACGGGGCAGCCCCGCCGCGCUCUUGACUUUCCCCGCGUUUCCCCUCCCUCCUCCGCCGAGCUCUGGCUGCUCUCGGGCUGCUGCGGCGAUGUUUCCCCUCAGGAGGUGGUGAGGGGGGGCCGCGGGGUGCUCCGGCCCGCUCCGCUCUCCGGCUCGCACCGUGCCCGCCGUCACUCGGUGCGCUUCGCUGCCGGGGCAGUGUUUUUGGAAAUAACGCCAUUCUGGGCUUGACAAACCAUGAGGGAAGAGUAAGGGAAGCCUGAAGCAGCCACAGACUGUUUGCUCCUGGACUUUGUCCAAAAGGACUGUUUGCACAUCAGUGCUCUCUCUUACCAGUGGGACCAUGGAAGGAAAGGAGAUGUCACCGGGCCACGAGACCUCAGAGAGCAGCAUGUCAGACCUCCCCUCUGUUUGUGACCUAGCAGAGCACUUCCUGCCUCCACACAGCCCUGAAAACAGCCAGGAGCUUUAUCCUUCUGGGAACGUUUCUCCCUCUCCACCCACAGGAGGGAGCAAUCCAUCAUCUGCAGCUCCUGCAGGCUCUUCUGCUGAAGGCUCUGAGGCAGCAAACGUGAACUGUUACCCAAAAUCAGGGCUGUGUGAGCCCUCUGAACCUCAUGAUUCUCUGCUCUCGUGGAUGUGUGAACGUGAUGGUGCAGAAGAUCCCAGCGUCAGGGACUCUCUGGAUGCCUUCUACAAAAUGUAUUGCAGAAAGCAGCCAGAGAGGGAGGACCCGGCCUACGAGGCAGCCUCACGGUGUCUGUCACAGAAGAUUGCAGAGCUGGGACAAAAGGAUGGGACAAAAUACGUGUCACGUUGCCUGCAAAUGGCACAGUUGGUCUUGAACAGAGAUGGAUGUAAGAUCUUUCCAAACCACCCCCCUUCUGCUUGCUUUUCAAAGGCAGCUGAAGGAGAAGUCUUGUUGGAAAACAGGAGGAGGACACCUGGACUCUCAGAUGACGUCCUGCAGUUUCUCUUGAAACAAACACGGGAGGAACGGAGCCCUGAUGGGUCACAGGAGAAGUGAGCAAGACACUGG